CAUGUAAAGAUCAAUAAGGAUACCACUUUACAUUCCUUACAAGUGCCAAAGAAUUUGUUACGAGUGACACCGAGUGGAAAGUAGAUACAAAUACGUACAUACGUAUCGCGACUAUACACAAUGACACAAAACGACACCAUCAUCACCAAGGUGGAACGCUUAGAGGAGAGCUUAAAAGAGACCUUACAUAAAGUCGAGGUAAUCAAGAGGAAGCUUGAGACGAAACUACUCAGUGCAGAAAGUCGAGAGAGAUUGGAGAACGAGCUGUACGAAAUUAAGAAAGUUCUCGGGCGAAACGAAAAGGAAUUACAAAGCUUGAGGAAAGAGAACGCCAAGUCUUUCAUGAUAACGGUGUGCUUGGUCUUUGUGUGUUUCCUCUUCUAUGGAAUAUAUUUGAUGAUUUUCGGGAACGUUUAAUACCUGUAGGAAAUCGUGAUAUUAAUUUAUCUGCUUUUCGUAAGCUUUUUAUACGCGGUACAACUGUCAGAACACAGUUUUACUAAUUGCCAAUUGUGAAAGCCAGGUUUUAUAAAUAAUUAA